AAGAUGGAAAGUUUUAAUUUAAUAAAGACACUUCUCAUUUCCUCACAAACAGGUUUUGCAACAAGACAUAUUUGCUGGUUUAUUGAUAAUAGAUAAAGGUGGAUACAUGUGUUGUGUGAGAAGGACAUUUUCACAUCAACCAUAGGCUAAAUAACUUCAUGUUAGAAGACAUGAUAAGAUGUGAGCUUCCUGCUAUGUUUUUGCAAGUUUGAGUUAUUUACUAUGCUGCAAUUUCUGUGUGCUAACAGGUUCAUUGCUCAUCAUCUGUGACUAAAGUUUUCCAACAACAAAUGGCAGCACAACCUGAGACAGACUGGAACAGUGGUCUCUGUGACUGCUUUGAGGACGCGAGUACUUGUUGCUAUGGAUUCUGGUGUGGCCCUUGCAUUGCCUGCACGGUUUCAGAAAGAUUUGGAGAGAACCGCUUUCUCCCGAUAUGUGACAUAUGCGGCCCUGUCAUAUUAUCAUUUUGUGGGAUACCUCUUGCUGUGCCUCCUGCAGUCCUGUCUCUGAGGGUUGCCGUGAGAAACAAAUAUGGUAUCAAGGGUUCUGUCUGUAAGGACAUCCUAGCUGUCAGUUGCUGUGGGUGGUGCGCCUGGUGUCAGAUGCAUCGUGAGUUAAAACAUCGCAAAAAAACUCCCAGUGUCAUCAAUGUACAGAACCAAACUAUUGUACAAAUGCAACCUGCUCCAGUGGUGAUGGCUCCUGGAUACCAACCCCAGUCUGUGAUGAUGGCUCCUGGAUACCCACCCCAGUCUGUGAUGAUGGCUCCUGGAUACACACCCCAGUCUGUGAUGAUGGCUCCUGGAUACACACCCCAAACUGGUAUUGUGAGCCCAGCAGGAGUUGUUGCACCGCCACAAUGAACUCUGUGGCUUCUCUGUGUCUUGUGAAGGAAAUAUAAUUCAGUUCAGAUCGCGCUAAUUUUUUUUUUGUUACACCAAAUCACUUUGAAUUAUGUCCCCUGAUCAUCAGAGUUUGCUGAAUGAGUUUCAGGUUCUUAACAUUUAUGACAAUUAUUAUUCCUAAAUUCUUGGGGAAAUCCCUUAUAUUCAGUUUAUAUUAUUUACAUCUAGUCAGGAAUGAAGGAGACAAUUGUAGUGCUUUCAAAUGAUUCUUCCUCUACAAGUAAUCCUCUGAACUAGGUGACUCUAAUUAAACAAAACAAUAGGGGUUAAUUAGAAUAGGAACUUCAGCACUACUCUGCAACAUCACAGUACAGUUUAUAGGUAAGUCCACCAAAGGUCAGACCAGACAGAGCUGCCAAAAUACUACUGCUACUAAAAGAAAUCACUGUUUUUUAUGUUAGUGAGUAACUCAUACUAAUAUACUGCAGCUCCUUGCACCAGUCUGUGAUUACCUUGAAAUUAAAUGAGUGAAGUUUAAGCACUGUCCUUAUGAGUCCAAUGAAAAUGUGUUUGAAAACAGGCGUAGAAGAAGACAGGGGAUGAGCAGCCUCGAGCAGCACUACUACACAUUCGCCCAUAAAGUUGGAACGAAACAUUUUUUUUACCUCUUUCCAUGAAAUGAUUGUGACAAUGUAAUUUAUUCUUGACAUAUAAAGUGUAUAUCUUCUCAAAACUUUAUUAACUUUAUUAUUAAGUGUCUGAAAACAAUAUUAUUCCAACUUUAUGUAGCCAGUCACACACAGACCUGUGUGUGGGGCUGACCUACAGCGGUCAGCCAACAAAUAACAGACUGAACCAAAUUCUUAUGAAACACAUAAAUUAUACAGAAGAGUGUCACAUCACUUCGCUUUACUAUACUUAAAAAAUAGCUAUGCACAGAGA